AGAUGAUGAGGUGGAGUACAAACUGCGAGAGCAAGAAAUGCUACAAAUAUCAUGAGGCGAGAGAAAAUACUCGAGAAGACGACUCGUCGAAAAGGCGAGUACUGAAAACUGAAUCAUGAGUUAUGUUGUCGUGCACCAAAAGCUAGCCGAUGGUCAUUUUUUCGUGCACCAAAACCUACCUCAAAUUUUCAUCGUGAUACUGCCAUUUUUUCGUGCACCAAAAGGGCUAUAAUUGAAAAACUUUAGUAUUAGUAUCGUCACGCAUGUUUCGUCGGACAAAUGUUGCACAGAUUAUUUUACCAGUUCCAGUGCAACAACCUCAUGGACGAACAGUUCUGAGCAAAAAUGUCCUAACUACGCAUAUCAGAAUCAGCUUUAUUAUUACCCUCUCCUCGCUCUCUCUCUACUAGAGUCUAGUCGUAGUUUACUUAAUCAAGAUAUUACCAUAUUACUCCUUUAGUAUAAGUACAUGGUUGUCUUAGCUGUCAAGCGCCAGAAAGAAUCACAGUCAUGCCAGCAGCUGCGGCAAAUAGCGGAACUAUGGCCCCGCCGAGGUGUGCGCCACGCAAGUUGUCCAGAAUCGACAGUGUCUUAGGCAUUCCCGUCGAUCGGCUAGAUGCCAUGAAUCAAAAAUUGCAAGACAUGACGAGGACCAGCAGCAAAUGCAGAGAUAUUGACGAAACUGGAACUGGAUCUGUAACCUCAAGAACCAGUAGUAAUGUACAACGGGGGCUCCUGUUGAGGGAAGAUUCGACGCACGACCAGGAGUCAGGGUCGCCUUCCUCGCCAGUAGUCGAAGUAGAACCACUACCAGGACCUCCAGGAGCACCUCCAGAACGAGCAUCUCCUUCUUUAAGUUCUUUGCACGUUCAGGUGCACCAAGUAGAUAAACGUGAUCCUGCCGUUGCCCCAUCCUCCACUUUAGACGAUUUUCGGGCUUUUUCACCCAUUGCAAUGCUCGACGAAGAAAUUUAUAGUACUUCUGCCGCCCAAGAUGCAGUACGGAGUCGAGACCAGCAAUCUUCACGUCGGAGAAGCAGUUCUUCGAGAGAAAGGGACGACCCCAGGUACUACUUUAUUUUUUUACUUUUGCUAGCUGGUUGAACAUGAACUUCGUGUAGAGGAAGUAGAAGCUUUACUAGAAGUUGCUUUGCUGGAACUCCACAUUGAUUUAGAUAUUGCUGUUGAUCUAACGGGUAGUUUAAAUAUUAUUGCUGUUUCAUCUCUACCUCCUCAAUUUAUCCACCCUAUUUAUUGAGGAGGUGGAGGAUUAUGAUCAUUUAAGUACUGCCAGCACGUGGUACAUUAGAAAAUUAAUAGUACUCGAUGUUCUAAUGGUAUUAAAGAAUGUCUGUCGCUUAGCUCUGGCACAAGUACAGCCACGAGUAACUUCGAUGUAAAGGUGUUGGAGUAGGAGGUCUAUCUGGGAAAGAUUCAGAUUAUCAGAGAGGUAGUACUAGAAAUAACAUUUUUCGAGAGAGCGAGGAAACUUCAAUUUACAUGUUCCUCGUGGCGGUACAACGAUACUGCGGGAGAGAAUUAUUGUGUUCCUUGUGCGAUCACUCAGAAGGGUUAGUCUUAGUGCUUUAACCUGCUUUGUCAUGAGCUGCGGAUCAUCUUGUGAAGAGGAUUUCUCUUAAUAUGUCAUAUAAAGCAGAAGUUUUCUCACUCCUACUACUUUUGCUUAUUGUCUUCAUGAUACCAUUGUUGGCAAAACUGGCGAGUCACGCAUCCCAUCGCUGGGAAAUCGGUUGCCUGAGCUAUUGGUGUUGGUCAACACUCUGGUUCACCUGCACAUAGUUCGUCAACCUGGAGGAACACUUCUAGGAUUUGUGACAAAGCAGAAAUCACAAAAGAAGAUGUAACUACUGUAAGCACUUAAUAUUUUCAAAGUAUAACAAGAACUUUUACUUUGUUCUAGAUUUUUUAAAAAAGAUGAUACCCAUAUCCCGUCCUCUCCUUGCAGCAGACGUUCCUUGUCUUCCACACCAGCAACCCUCUCUACAAAGAGAAGGGGAACUUCUGCAAGACGAGAGACACGGGCUCCUGGAGGCAUCCCCACCCUCUAGUGCAUUCAAAACAAAGAAGAAUUUUUGCGUCAAUUCUAAUCCCUAUAAUCCUCCGUCAAGAACAAACGACAUCGGCAACAAGAUUCAUUCGAUUACUGGUAGAUCUCGUCGUUCUCGCUGUCCACCUUUACCCCCUCCGCCAGCUCGCUCCGUACCCCGCUCCGCGCUUCGUCGACGAAGUGACGGCAUAGUUGUCGCACCUAGUUCUAGUUCUAGUGCCCAAAUUUCUAGUGCUCAACAUGCCUCCUCAACCUCUACAGCAUCAAGAGCAAGGACGAAUAAUAUCCAAUCCUCAACAACGUUGCAAACAACCUCCACACCAAUCAGGGAACUGCAAUCACGAGACGGCAGAGAACGCGAAGGCUUACAACAAGUAGAAGGAGCUCUUCCAUCAAGCAGGAGUGCACAUGAGCAUCAACGAGAACCUCUGCCAGAACCACAGCAGCAGCAGCAGCACUUGAAUCGCAGUAAUUCCUUUCGUUCUUCAAGGCAGCUGACGAGAACGGUGUCCUGUGCGUCUUCUGGACACCGUAACAAGAACAAUGAUCUUGCUUCUUCCUCGCACUUAGUAACGCCUCACGGAAACCAUGCAGCGAGGGGAAGUAACGCUGCUUAUGGCAAGGAGUAGAUAUAGUAGAGUUUUUUGUUGGGGGGUAGUUCCUGCCUAUGCUUCAAGAAGAUGAAGAACUCAUCUACUUGUUCUCCACUGGGUUGUAAACCGGAAAGAUAUACACGUUGUGCUCCUUCUGGUUUUACUGGUACAACCACCAACAUCGUCCUAACAAAUUCGUCAGGCAGUUUAUUUGAUGUCAAAAUUAUAGCUCUACUACCUAGUAGUUCUAUUGAAGCUCUACUACUAUAACUAUUCUACCUAGUUCUAUUGUAUUAUUGGAAGAACUAAGUUCUAGUGCCACUUCUUCCAAUAAUCGCUUGUGGCCUCUAAUCCACCUUAGGGACGCCGAACAUGCCUGCUCUUCGCUUUCGCACGUUUUCGAGUGAGGGGAAGAAUAGCAUACUCGGUUGCCCCUCCUCUUCCAGCGGGCCGAGGUCAUCCUGUGGCGCCGGGUCGUCUGGUGGCGGUAGCGGAAUCGUCAUGCACAGAAGGAGGACGACACCUGGAGGUGUUGUAGAAGAAGAUCCUAGGAAUAGAAGUAGUAAUAGACGCUGCUUUGGUCUUGGUAGUGCUAUGGGACCACUAGGACUGCAGGAGCAACAUUUCGACCAACAGGACAGACAGCCACUUCUUGACCAUCUUGACCAACAGGACAGGCAGCCACUUCUUGACCACCAGCAAGACGUUGUAAUGGACGUCAAUGCUUCUAGUAGAGCUACGGCUACGGAGCACCAGUAUUUUGGCGCAGAUCCGCAAUUGCGAACCACAUCGAAAGCAACGACACCUUGUUCAUCUUCAAGUUUUUCUUCAGCUGUAGGAGCACCUCCAGCUCCACCAGAGCAGCAUCACCAAGUGGAAAAUCACCAGCAAAACUGCUCUUCCAGGAGUAGUACAUCCGUAUCCGUCGACGUCCUACAUCAUAAUUUCGAUAGUGUUCAAGUGGUUGGUCGUGGCCAUUUCAGUACGGUUUUUCGCGCCAGACAUCUGCUGGAUGGCUGCAACUACGCGGUAAAGAUGAUGCGAGACAGAAUGCCUUCUGGUUCCAAAGAAGCAGCUAUUCUUGCGCAACUACAACAAGGCUUCACUUCUUCUUCUGGGGAUGCCUCUUCUUGUUGUCCGCAUAUCAUUCGCUACUACGGUUGUUGGGUCUAUAGCAGGCGGAUGUACAUCCAAACGGAGCUCUGUGAAAUCUCUUUAGCAGACGAAAGGCGGGAUACCGAAUUGAAUGCAACGAGCAUAGAUUCGAGAGUUUUCGGGAGGAAGAAGCUGAUGGAGGUACACAUAAUUCUUUGAAUUUGGGAUGGAGGCUAAGAAAGACGAUACCUUUGACUCACCUUCUUGAUAAGCUGCUUGUUGAAGAUUAUCAUGUUGACAACCCUCUUGAUAUAAGUACCUGUAAGAACUAAAACUAACCCAGAUCGCUCGCGCUGUCCUUUUCGGUCUGCGUACCUUGCACCAAAAGCAGAUUGCGCAUCUCGAUAUCAAACCUGAGAAUAUCUUACGAAGCUUCUCCGGAGUCUACAAAAUCGCAGAUUUCGGAUUGGCUAUGAAGAUGGAGAUUAGAGAUUAUGAACGUGGUCUUGGUCCUAGUGCUGAUCCUGUACAUCAAAGGUCCUCUUCUUCCUCUGUACCAGCUGAAGGCGAUUGUCGUUAUGUCUGUCGCGAGCUGCUGAGAGGCACGUUGACGAUGGCGAAUCUCGACAAAGCGGACACAUUUUUAUGAUGGAACUUAGGUUGUUUAUGUUUGUUCCUUUAGUAGUUUACCAGUAACGCUAGUAACUUUAAUAUCGACGUCGUUCUCCAGUAAUCUGUCUCUGUUUCUGUUGUGUCUUAUGUUUGAAAUUGAAGAAGAAGGAGUGCUGUACCGGUCGUCACUGAAAUACUGUUCCUAUAAUUGCCUGUAGUGCAUAUUAAAGUUGCAUUAUCAAGGAGCAGCAGAUCUACUAGAGUGAAUCUGCUGCAAGAGACUGCAAGACUAGUUGCACUUGCUCUAAUCUGAUCUCUCGGCGCUAUGCUAUAUGAGCUUGGCAGCGGCCAGGAUUUGCCUAAAGCAGGCGAGGAAUGGCAAGCUCUGAGGGAUGGGAGGACGAUCAAGGAAAAUAGGUUCUUUAUUCAGGACCAAAACCAGUUGAUUCGUUCUCUGCUCGAUCCCCUCCCGCAGGCACGACCGACUGCAGCAAGUGCAAGUGCUAGUUUAGAACAUGCGAUGGCGGACGAGAUGUUGUUGUUAUUACGGGAGAUGCAUCUUUGACACGUUUUCAACGGGAAAGAACGUCAAAGAUGCUGUCAAAGCUGUGAAUUGAAGAAAGCUCUAAUGUUAAAGGAGGAAGAGGGACAUCAGAGUGGAGUACUGAAGGAAGGACAUCAGACUAAAGAUAGAGUGGCAGGCGGUGAUGCAGCAGGACUCGUUGCUGCUUCUUCCGACGUCAUUGUACCUCGGUCACCAACUUCCGAGUUAGAAGCUUUGAGAGCUGAGACUGCCAGAUUGCGGGAGGAGCUUUUCAGGUUGCGAGAAGAAAAAGCAUCCUCCAACAAGGUAGGUGAUAUGUCAACGAUGUCUUGCUCAAGCACUACUGACGAUGGAGCCUGGGCCUGCACAUCGUCUACAACUACAUCUUUAUGGUCAGCUUCUAUUCAUCCCUCUCAGAGCAGUCAGAAUCUUGCUACCCUUUGCCAAAGGAAUCAAGAUACGUGGCCGAGAUGUUGAAUCCAAGCGCCCUCUAACAUCUGGUUCUUUUUAUCCUCCCUUUGGCGGCAGUGUAGUCAAUCUUGUGAAUGGUAGUGGUGUCGUGACAACUACUACAACUUCUGAAGACAAGCACAGCAUGAUAAGCACCACGAUAGUAAGGGACGGCAUCACCUCCAAUAAUCCGAAUAUAAUCAGGGAGAGGACCACGACCAAUAAUAUGAUGGAGGUGAUAUCGUUGGAUGAGCCUACUGCAAGCACUACAGCAUCUUCGAGUCGUGAUGACAAGAAUUUCAAGAUGAUGAGCGAGGAUGAGCCGAGUAUGCUCAGUGCUAUAGCGGCUGAAUCCACUACAACGGAAUACGAUCAUGACGACAUAAAACGACAACUCCGCGACGCCAUUGUGCUGAGUGGAGUCGAUGUUGAGGAACAAAAUUCUACUGUAGUAGGACUUUCUGCAGAAGUUGAAAACCAUUUUGGCGUCGAUAAUCCUGUACUAAAACGCAUUGAAGGAGUGGCCGCUUGCUGCUCUUCGUUCUCCCGAGAAAAAGAGAUGGACAAGAAGAAGAGUUGUAGUUCCCGGUCAUCGUCAGUGCGGGGUCCACGCGCAUCUAACGACUCCUGUGAAGAGCAGUUUGUGCGUAGGAGAAAUCUUCGGGUCUUCGCAACACCUAGUAGUUCUUCAAAUCCUCGUGGAGAAGGAGUGCGUGGAGGUGGACUCCUGCGUAACUCUUCACUGCCACGAGGCGGAUUGGAAGGCGGGCCACGACUAGGUAUCUUUGCUAUUGGAGAACAACGAGAUGAACAAGAACAAGCAGAAGAGCUACAAGAACAGGGCGAUUAUAGUCAUAGUCUAUCAUCGUCUCGCGGGGUCCACGAGGACGGGCUGAUGAAAAAAACCACGACGUCUUCUGUAUUCAAUACAAGUACAUCUUCGUCUUCAUCAUCUUCAAGAAGAAAGAAUGCUUCCUCUUCUCCUGAACAAGUGCUAUCGUUUUCGUCGUCUGGCGAAAAGGAAAAACAACAACUACAUAGUAUUAGAGAUAGUAUUAGAGGUAGAAGACGGAACACUAGCGGCCUUCUCCAUCGAGUGUUUUCCUCUACUGGGGGUCCUGGAGGAGGUGGAGGAGGUGCUGACACCUGUCACGAGUUCCAAAAUAUAGAUUUAGACCAAGAACAACUUGUCCAACGUAGAAGCCCUCAAGCAGACGUCGAGGUAGACCACCAUGACCAAGAUUUACCACGGAUUCGUUCCAGAUCACCUGCCACAAGGAGAUACAACAUCUUGCCUCCACCCGCGAUGGGAGAAGGGCAAAACGCUUCUACUUCUUCUAUAACUGUAACUGGCAACAAGAAAGAUAGCAAUAGGUGGACCUCCUCGUCCUCUACAACAGCUCGCGGUCCUCGUCGUGCACCUGCGUCAUCUCGCAAGAACACUUCUAGCACGACUACCUCUGCCGGAUUGGGCAGAGGCGGUUUACAUCAAAAUAAGAAAAUAGGUUCUGAUAGUAAGGCGACCAAGACUGUGCGGAAACUUCAAUCUGAUACAAAGAACAACAAGGCUCCUGCAUCUGCUAGAGGGCCUAGAGCACCAGGAAAGGGAAAGGGCACAGCUUCUCUCCUAGCUGCCAACAACAAGAAACAGUCUAAGAUGACUAGUUCAGGACGAAACGUCGAGGCAGCAGGAGGAAAAGGCGGAGGAGGAACAGGCGGAGGAGGUAGUGGUAAUGGUGUAAGUGGUGGUGCUGCUGGAAGAAUAAGAAAUGCUCAUGCUGCUCCUGGAAAUAGUAAGAACACGAAAAACGGAGCUCCCACAAAUUCUUCUAGCUCAUCAAGUGGCUCUGCUGGAGGAGGUUGUAAGCCCCCAGCCCAGACUUCAUCUACUUCCAAGCGUGGUCCCCUUACAUCAAGACAGAACUCUUGUUCUGCCUCACAACUACAAGGUGGAAAAACAAAAAAGUCGUCUCCUCAAUCUUCUCCAAGUGCUUCUCAAGCUUGCUCCCCAACAUCUACUUCCACCGCAUCAAAGAACUCCACAGCGUCAAAGAACUCCACAGCAUCAAACUCCACAGCAUCAAACCCCACAGCAUCAAAGAACCCCACAGCAGCUUCUAGAAAGACCUGGACGACUAAAGGCGGCUCUGGUAGUUGUGGACCACCUGGCACUGCUCCUCCUGGACCACGCGUUGUUGCGUCAUCAUCUGCUUCCCCGACUAUGAGCAGAGAAACAACGCGCGUAGCAACAAGCGCUGACGUUGUUGUAAAAAAUCUUCGAAAUCCACCGCGUAGUAAUACAAGAACCACGACCACAGGAACUGCAGCUGGUGCUGGAUCUUCAUCCUCCUCAUCUUUCUGUUCUUCUUCCUACAGCAGUGGUAGCACUGCUGGAGGUGCUGUUGUGAAAAACCAAAACCAGCGUAGCAACAAGCGAAGCAGCCAAAAGAAACGAGACUGUAGCGCUCUUCGGUCAUCUGAGGUAGAGCAUUUGUGCUCUUUAGAGGAAGGCGACUGCGACGAUGGUAUCUUCAUAGACAUGAUACCUCCUGCGAAGACCCGGGCCACUUCUGGAAGAAAUCUUCUGACCUCCACUGAACAGGGCCAUCUUCAUCUCGCUUUUGCUCCCAAUGUUCAAGCAUCAACCUCUUCACCACUACAUCAGUCCUCCUCCUCCUCACUUUCGUUUGCAACCUCUACUUCCACGACCAUGGUUCUCGUAGAACAUGAGGACCUAGAAGCCACGGGGGGUCGGGGAAAGCGGUUGAAGAAAGACUUACCCCUACCUACGUCGCGUAAUUAUCGAUACCCAACUGGAGCUAGUAUUUCCAAAUCACAUUGUUCAUAA